GCCUCUUCACAGGUUUCGGACAGGUGUGACUACGUCUUUGUCAAUGGGAAGGAAAUGAGAGGCAAGGUGAACGUGGUGGUGAACUUCACCUACCAGCACCUGCACAGCCCCCUGGAGAUGACGGUGUGGGUCCCCCGGCUGCCCCUGCAGAUCGAGGUCUCGGACACCGAGCUCAACCAGAUCAAGGGCUGGCGGGUCCCCAUCGUCUCCAACAAGAGGCCAGCUCGGGACAGCGAGGAAGAGGAUGAAGACGAGAGGAGGGGCCGAGGCUGCACCCUCCAGUACCAGCACGCCAUGGUGCGGGUCUUGACUCAGUUUGUGGCUGAGGCAGCGGGCCCUGCAGGCCACCUGGCCCACCUGCUGGGCUCAGACUGGCAGGUGGACAUCACGGAGCUGGUGAACGACUUCAUGCAGGUGGAGGGGCCCCAGAUCGCCAGGCUGCACGGGGGACAAGUCCUGAUCGGCCAGGAGCUUGGGAUGACCACCAUCCAGAUCCUGUCGCCUCUGUCGGACGCCAUCCUGGCGGAGAAGACCAUCUCCGUGCUGGACGAGAAGGUGGCAAUCACGGACCUCGGGGUGCAGCUGGUGACAGGGCUGUCCGUCUCCCUGCAGCUCAGCCCGGGGAGCAACAGGGCCAUCUUCGCCACAGCGGUGGCCCAGGAGCUGCUGCAGCGGCCCAAACAGGAGGCAGCCAUCAGUUGCUGGGUGCAGUUCAGUGACGGCUCCGUCACUCCCUUGGACGUUUACGACGUGAAGGACUUCUCUCUGACGGCCACGUCCCUGGAUGAGAAGGUGGUGUCCGUCCACCAAGACCCCAGAUUCAGGUGGCCGGUAAUCAUUGCUGAGUCCGAAGGCCAGGGGGCUCUGGUCAAGGUCGAAAUGGUCAUCUGUGAAUCGUGCCAGAAAUCCAAGCGGAAGAGCGUGCUGGCCGUGGGGACGGCCAACAUCAAGGUUAAGUUUGGCCAGGACGGUGCCAACCACAACAGCAGCGACAGCAGACACCCGGGGCGGGCAGGAGUGCACCUGGACAAUGACGGCAGGGACAGAAGGCCCGCCAAACCCUUGCAAGAGUGGGGGGGUCGAGACGGACAGGACUACAGCAGCCCUUCCGUGGGCCGCAUGGAAGGAAGGGGCUCCACCACGGAGAAGCCCACCUUCCGGAGGAGCGAUGGCCGGGACAGCCUCUCGGAAGGCGACGGCCACCUGCAGACCACCCCCGUGGACCUCACCAGCUUCCCGGCCCAGGUUGACCUGCCCAGAAGCCACGGGGAGAUGGACGAGAGUGACCCCGCCCAGGCGUCCAAGGGGCUGAGCGACCUGGAAAUCGGCAUGUAUGCUCUGCUGGGCGUCUUCGGCCUGGCCAUCCUGGUCUUCCUCAUAAACUGCGCCACCUUCGCCCUGAAGUACAGGCACAAGCAGGUCCCCUUCGAGGAGCCGGAAGGGCUGAGCCACUCCCAUGACUGGGUGGGGCUGAGCCACCGGACAGAGCUGCUGGAGAGUCACGUCACCUUCGCCUCCUCCCAGGAGGAGCAGAUCACCGCCAUCGACAGGGGCGUGGAUUUCGAAGAGAGUAAGUUCCUCCUCGGCGCAGACGCCCCAACGGGCAUCAACGGACAGCUGCUCAGACCCUCAGGGCCCAUGGCCGCCGACGGCACGGAUCAGCGCAGCGAGCCCCCCGCAUCCCCUACCUCAAAGCGGAAAAGGGUGAAAUUUACCACCUUCACCGCCAUCGCCCCGGACGCCGGGGGCCCCGCCGUGAGCUCCGUGGCGACGCGCAGGGGGGACGCGGCGAACUGGCUCGGCCAGGACCCGGCCCCUGGGGAGCACGCCGGGUCACACGACUACACGGACAGCUUCCAGGGGGAUGCGUAAGCCGGACGUUGGCUGACGUUGGUUCUCACUCACCUUUCGGCCUUUAAUUUGGGGACAUGUGGCUUACGGGGCCCCCAGCAGAGAAAUAAGGCGGCAGGACAAGGUCAGGAGGACACCACCCACGGGGCCCCGGAAAGCGACCCUGGCUCCCCGGGGAGGCCCCGAGGCGGAUUCGAUGUACACGUUCCGCGGCACGACAUCUUGGCCGACACCGAGAGGCCUCUCCCGCGUGCGAAGGUUUUCUUUAAACCUGGAAGACAAACAAGUUGUGAAUCACUGAGCUUCUGGGAGCGUCCGGGAGAGGCCAGUCCUCCUCUCUCCAUCUCUCUCUCUUUAAUAAAAGCAGUUUGGGUAUCGCGACACCCACAAGGCUGCCAUAUGCACUGUUGCAGAUGACGGGGGGCAAAGCGAGACUCAGGCCGGGCUGAAGGGGACGGAGGGGAGGACGGUGUCACUGGGACCGGGGCAGCGCCGCCCGCCGGGCGCGCGGGCAGGGCGGAGUCUGGGGCUGCAGGCGGCACUCGGGAGCCGUGCUUUGCAGUCAUUCUCUCCCAAAGGCGGGGUUAUUGACAGACCAAGGCGACUGCUGACAAGGACUGAAAGGGAGCAAGCCAGCAAGCAGGCCACCGACCUCUCCGUAACCAGCUGCCAGGAACACAGACUCACAUAGGGAAACCCUCUGAGCAGUUCCGAGCAUCCCUUGAUUUGUAAACUAACGCAUCCUGAGUGCAGAGCUUCAUUCGGGUUCAAAGAACAUUCUUCUUUUUUUUUAGCCAGUUGUCUAUUCUCAUUUGUACUCCUCCCCGACAUCGCCCCCUUUCUGAAAGUCGUUGGUCACUUGUGGGCACUGGGUGGGGGGGCAGUGUAAGCCCCCACCGAGUGGCCCAGGUGACACUCGACACUGAAACCCCGUUGGGCGAACUUCGCACGUGUCCUUCUUCGAAGAGGCUGGUCUUUGCGGGUGAGCGCCGCGCGCAGGGAAUCCAGCCCCUCCCUCCCCUUGCUGUUCUAGAAAGAAGAGGGGGCUGUCCUGUGAUGGGUCUGUCGACAGUCCCGUCCGAUCUGCUGCCCAAGGCUGCUGAGAUGAAUCCGGGUGUCCACGCGGAGGGCGCAGGGUGGGGCUCGGGACUCGGGAUGUGUUACGAGGUGGGUCGGGCAGGACACCUGUCCCCAGUAGCAGCCGGGCAGAACGUAAGGCUGCUUCUCCUCCGUGGAGAGCAAGAGGGACCCGGGUACCAGCGCGCAGGGCAGAGGGCUGGACGAGGCCGGCGUUUGGUCCUAAGGUCAGUCCUCAAGGGGUUAACGCCGCCUGAGAUCCGGAGGACCCUCCAGACCCUUGAAUAGCUCCCGAACCCCUCAGGUGCCGCGCCUGUAAAAGGAAGUGCAGAGAGGCUAGCUGGUUCUUACGCCCUUGUCAUGCUCACGCCGAGGCAGAGAUGAUGGUGGAAAGCUGGCCAAGCAGGCGCGGUCCUGAGCAUCACAGUGGAGGAAGGAGCUGCCCGGAGAGGCCCUGCUGUGGCAUCAGAGUGUGUGUGUGUGUGUGUGUGUGUCCUUUGCAUCAUUUUCUCUCUCUCUCUGCUCUUUAGAUCCUUCAUCUUCCAAUUCCUCUUGCUCUGUGUGUCUCUCUGAACCUCUCCCGCUGCCCCCGUCUCUGUCUCUCUCUGUACACACAUGUAACUGAAUUCUCCUUAGAUGGUGCAUGUAAACCCCAGCAUUUACCUCCUCAACCUUCGCGCUCUCCCCAGAACGAAGGUGCUGUCCGCUGGCUCUAAGACUGGGACUCCAACCGCCAUAAGCCACCUGCUCCUGUCCCCACGCUGACUUUUGUGGUCUGGUGGGGCGAUGAGCCUGUCACCCCUUUCCAGGGCUAAUCCUUUGCUUUCAGUCGCCUCCUCCCGUCUCUUUCAUCCUUCCCCGCGUGAUGUUCCGUUGAACAGCGCCUCCGCGGCCCCCUCUCGAGUCCGUCCACGUGCAGAAUGUACUGUAGAUUGUAAGAAUGUAAUACUUAUAUUUAUAAACUUACCGACUGUAAAUAUAAAGUUUGCA